AUGUUUGCCCUGCCCUGGUGCUCGUCCCGCACGAGUGCAGGCCGGGUCAAGUGCGGAUCAACCGCCGGCGUGUUGGAUUCGGCUCCCAACGCUCGCCCAAUGGUCCGUCAGCGGGUUAAACCAUUGGUCGGUUUAUCCAACAGUCGCAGGAAGCGACCUCUUCAAGCUUCAGAUACCGUGCGUGAUCCAAACAAAUCAUACGUCUACAAAACCCCAAACGGUACAAUGACCUAUGUGCCCCCGGAGAACCUGAAGCUCAGCGGCCUUAACCAUCGCAGUACAUACGACACCAAUCAGCACAAUACCGGCGACAUCUACUUCCCAAACGACCCACCAUCGACGGGUCCCGUCCGAUUGGAACACUGUGGCCCGGACUUCCCGAUUUGUACCAACGUACUGGACUACCCCCAGCAGCUGGUCAACGCGAUCGUGGCCCGUCACGAGCAUCGCUUCGCCGAAGUGUUCGGAAAUGACGUCGUCGUGAACAGCGGAGAUCACCUGGACAAGCGGUUCGACACGUCCGACGACGAGUUCCUGUGCCAGAGUCGGGAGAAGCUGGUGCAUCCACAGAGUGGCUACACCAUGGACAAGCGGCUGGUGAUGAUCGUCAACACGCCCAGCUACACGCAGGGUGUCCGCAUCGAGACCUGUGCCAACGGGGGGCGAUCGUGCCAUAAGCUGGAUCACGUGUUGUCGUUCUACCGGACUGAGUGUAAGCAGCUGUACCACUACCGGACGCUGCUGGCCAUCGACACGGUUACGAACCAGCCGUACAAGGAGUCGUUCCGGGUUCCGUCGUGUUGCAAGUGCGUUAUGAAACCGCUCGGGCGUGGAUCGCGGUAUAGAAGUCGUGGUUGA